ACGACAUGUUUUCUCUUUUCCUCCCUUACUCAGUUAAUUUGCCCUGGUAAUCGCUUGCUUUUUUCUUGUUUCGGUUUAAGGGUACUUUCCCUUUAAAACAGAUGAGCGCAAGAGCAGUUACCUGCAGUUGUAGCCUAGGUGUGCUGGGACAGCUACACAUAUCUACACCAAACUUCUAACGGCUGUUCUUCGAAAAAUAGUCUACAUUUGCACGAAGAGUCAAUUGCUUUGAACGCGUAUCUAAAACACACCAGUGACACAAAAGGAAACAGAGUGAUGCUUUGAUCGCUGCCCAUUUGAUUUCAUGGGGAUGGGAGAAGCGCACUUGGCCACUUUGGGUGGACUGAUCCCAGCAAACUGUCACUGAACGUUGAGAGGAUUUCUUCACACGCGCAUAGCCUACACCUGAAACUUCUUCAGAUCCGGAGCGCCUCGUCCCCGGUUGAUGCCGAGGAUCAUGACCAUGAACGGUGACCAACAGUCGGUUGCCGCCGCGCCGCUGGAUCUGCGCACCACUAACCGAGAGCGUGGGAGCGCCGGGUCGAGGACUGCGGACUGUAAAGGUCGCGCCAAGGACGCUCGGGUGACAGGCGGCUCACCUGCACCCCCGGCGUGCACAGGGACGGACAGUUUGGAAAUACACUGCCCCACGGUCCGAAGCUCACCGGGCUCAGAAACCGGGGCUGCGAGUCGCAAGCGGCCAGUGGACAAAUCUUCCUUCAGGCUUCCUUUUAGGAAACGCCCGAUUCCUGUCGAGCCGGAGACCCAAAGACAGUCAUCGGCUCCACCAGAAAGUGGAGACCGGUUUUCUCCUGUGGUAGAUACGGACUUCACAUCACGAGAGAGUUUAGACGGUCGUUUGGGAAGAGCCACGGAUGAAAGCAGGGUCGGCACAGCACCAGUGACCCCCAGGCGUGUUGAAGAGGCAGGACAGAGUCCAGAUGGAUAUCCCAUCUGCUUUUUUCCUUCGUUUGACUACGGUCCAUACCCAGUGUACCGUUUGCCCCCUGUCGCAGAGCUGAACCACCAUCUGGUCCACCAAACCGAAACCCUGCUGACUGGUAUCGCUCUGGCCACACAUCAAGAUGAAGAUGGAGACACAGCUCUCCAUAUAGCUGUGGUGCAGGGGGAGUUGGCCAUUGUCUGCAGACUGAUUCAACUCCUGCUGUGGGCUCGCAGAAGCCUUGAUAUCUACAACAACCUCCGUCAGACCCCUCUUCAUCUGGCAGUGAUCACCCAGCAGGCAAACAUGGUGGAGGCUUUGUUGAGAGACGGGGCUGACCCUGCUGCCUUGGACCGUAACGGCCAAACAGCACUCCACCUCUGCUGCGAAUAUGACCAGCGUGACUGUCUGUCUAUUGUGCUUUCUCGCUCCUCAUCCUCCAUAUGCCUGGAGAUCAGAAACUAUGAGGGUUUGAGCCCUCUCCAUCUGGCGGUGCUACGUGGCCAUAAAGAUUUGGCCAAAAUGCUGCUGGACGCAGGCGCUGACAUCAAUGCUAUGGACAUCAAAAGUGGCCAGAGUCCACUCGUGCACGCUGUGGAGAGCAAUAACGCAGACAUGGUCCACUUCCUCAUUGAGAGUGGCUGUGAUGUCAACAGCCAGUCAUACAGUGGGAACACAGCCCUGCACAGCGCCUGUGGUCGAGGUCAGGUGGACACGGUGCGGCUGCUGCUAAAGAGCGGAGCUGACAGCAGCCUCAAGAACUACCAUAACGAUACCCCUGUGAUGGUGGCCAAGAACAAGAAAAUAGCAGAUGUGUUGCGAGGGAGAGGCUCCAACCACAUAAGAGUUCAAGAUCAACACUGUGUGUCUCUCUCACCCCAUGGGAGCAAUUUAACAGAAAAUGGGUCCCCAUCUCCCAACCACAGUCGUGGAUGUUCACCUUCGACUACACCACACACCCCUCAUCGUAGCACCUCUCACUCUCCAAAGACUCCAUCUACCCUUGUAUUUCCAUUUUACUAGCUCUAAAUUAUUGUCCAGUGCAACUUGCAACUACCUCCACACAGCAAACCAAUAAAGAGACUUCAGUGCCCAUAAGGACAUCCAGGAGAAGGUUCAGCCAAUGGGAUGAUGGAACAGCAAAAGACUGCACCUGAAUUUAGACUUCCCUACAACCUGGCCUUCUUUUGCUGGACUCCAU